UACGUGAUCACAGUGGAAAGAACCUUGAAUCGUGUUCGUAUUUCUCGUAGAUUUGAUUGUAUUCUAUAUUCCAGAGUUGGAUAUCAUAUAAAUAAAUAUUCUACAUAUCUAGUAUUUUGCUGUGAAUCGUAUCCAAAGUGCUUUAAAUAAUAAUUAAAGGUCAAUAUGUAUACAAGAAGCAGACAAAGCCAAGGCUAUACUGCAAGAAACCAAACUAACCCAAAUGUAGGCUACCAGGGUCCAAAUGUUUACAAUCAAGGAGGCUUGCAAGGCUCACAACAGUUUCCUAAUCAGCAGAACAAUUAUAAGCAAGGAAAUGCGCAAAAUCCUCAAGCAUUUAAGCAACAACAACCGCAUCAACAGCAGCAGCAGAUUCCAUCAAGAAAUUUACAACAAGGAAAACCCCAGCAGCCACAGCAACAAUCACAGCAACAAAUUAAACAACUGCAGCAACCUAUUUCAAACUCACCUCAAACUCAACCACAACAACAAAUUAAACAACUGCAGCAACCUAUUUCAAACUCACCUCAAACGCAAUCACAACCCCAAAUUCAAUCUGUUCCUCAACCUCCACCUCAACCUCAACCUCAACCUCAACAGCAUCAACAACAACAACAGUCCCAAGCUCAGCUUCAAUCUCCAGGUCAACCUCAACGAUUGAAGCCAAUUUUGAAACAAACUUCUCAUACUCCCCCACAGACUGCACCAGUUGUACAGAGUAAUCCUGCUCCAUCUCCACAACCAUUGAUUCCUACUCCAACACCUCCGACAACUAAUUCUAAUCCUACACCACAAAUACCUAAUAAUGCUUCUGAAACGCAAGCCGAUGAUCAAGUGUCUGAGAAUAAUGAUGUCGAAAUGUUGGACCAACAACGAAAAUGGAAACGUAAAGUACCUGGAUAUAGGGUAAACAAAAGACUAAAGCGACUCCGUUUGAAUCAACGUUUAAGGAAAACAUUGCAACCAAAGAAUGCAAUUAUGGUAUUAAAUGAAAUGAAAGCUGGAGUACAAUUCACAUUUCCUGAAGCUCAGGGAAUGCCAAACUCUCUUUAUCUCGUUCAUGCAGAGCUCGACAGUAAAACCUAUGUUGGACAAGGAUUGUCUAAACCACUUGCUCGACAAAAUGCUGCUGAGAAUGCAUUGAAAGCCUUGUUACUUGAGAAAAUGACAGCAGCAUCUAUGAAAGCACGUAUGGAUGCUGAGUUAGAUGGAUCUGUAAGUCAAUCUACAGAAAUAUCUAAUAUAUCAAAAGAUGAUAGUAAUGAAGAAGGUGUAACACCUAUGGAUACUACUACUGACGAGAAUGAUGAAAUUCCAUGGAGUUCUUUGGCUAGUUUUGCACUGUAUAAACUUUUCCUUGAAUGGCACAAUCAAGGAACAUCAGUUCCAGUCUCAAGACCUGGAUUACCAUCACCUGUUAAGGGAAAUAAAAAAGAGACUUUGCAGGGUCCAAAACCUCUGGUUCAGAAAGAACUUCCCCCAAAUGCCACGAACAUACAUCCUGUAAUGUUAUUAAACCAAAUGAGACCAGGUUUAACAUAUUCAGAGCUAAAUCGUGUUGGUAAUCCACCCAACACAAUGUUUACUCUUGCUGUAGAAAUUGAUGGUGUUGAAUAUACAGGAACAGCUAAAAACAAGAAAGAUGCCAAGAAAAUAGCUGCAAAAUCGGCACUAUUAGCAUUGUAUGAUUUGACCUAUCCAGAAGAAGGUAAACUAAUGCUGGAAGAUCAACCAAUGGCUUAGAACAAUGACAUUUGGAUAAUUUUAAUGAAUUGUGUUUUAAUUUUAUCUCUUCAAUUUAUAUAUUGCGUGGAAUGAC